GAAAAUAGAGCAGAGUGAAGAAUGAGAGGGAGAGGGGGAGAGGGUGAAGGACGUGCUGUCUGGAAGCUGAUUGGCCACUUGACAGGCGCUGUUGAUUCAGGCGCCCACCGCGCAAAAAGAUAAGAUAAAGGCCAUAUAAAAUAAGGGAGAUGCGCAUCCAUCCUUCACUGUCAGCUGCACAUAUACAGUGUCUGCUGCCUCCAGCUACAAGAGAGGAUUAACAAGGACGACUGGCUGCCUCUUCAUCCGAGCAUCACCUGUCAAGAUGUCUCCUAAAGUGCGGUGCGCCCCCAGUGACCUGCGCACAUCCAGAGGCGCAGUGACGCUCGGCAGGUUUUCUGUUCGCAGCGUCGCGAAUGAAGCCGGUGACACCUCGGAAGACUCCAGUGAAACUUUCCCUCUAAAACCACCGACUUUCCUGGGAGGGGAAAACCUAAAACUCAGAACCAGGUGUGAGAAGUCCGGCAGGCGCAGGAUGAAGGCAAACGACAGAGAGCGCCACCGGAUGCACAACCUGAACUCCGCUCUGGACGCGCUCAGGAGCAUCCUGCCGGCACUGCCCGAAGACACCAAGCUGACCAAGAUCGAAACUCUACGCUUUGCCCACAACUACAUCUGGGCUCUGACCGAGACUCUGCGCAUGGCCGACCAACGCGGGCACCCGCCGGAGUACCUGCCGGUGGGGUCGGAUCUGAGCAGCCCGAUGAGUGUCUCAUCUGCGGAGUGGGACUCAGCGUCGUCCCCUGGUUGUGUGACCUCCGCUGACUGUUACACAUCAGCUCAUGAGGUGAACUGUAAGAUUAUAUCAGACCAGUCCAGUGUUAUCCCCGUUACCUUUUAUUUCACCUCAUUCUGUGGUGGGAAUGAUCUCAAGAACACUUGGCACUGAUCACUAAUAACGAUGUCCACCUUUAUCUGCCCACAUGUCCAGAGCUGCUCUCUGUGGGCUGAACCUUUAAAGCACAUUGGACACAGACAGAUGAUGUCAGAGGAAGGUCAAAAACACCUGCAGUGACAUCACUGACUGAAUCCUAAUUGGCCAGAAAGGUAACCAAGCUUCCGCCCAUGCAGAGCAGUGCAGCAGCAUUGUCUACCUUCAGUGUCCAUUGAUUUGUUUAAAGCGCUUAAAAGAGUCACAAACCAGAAUCUGAUCACCUCUCCAAAGGAAGCCAUAACUGUAAGUUGGGAAAUUUCAUCACCGUGUUGCACUCAAUCAAUUGCACUCUUUCACAAAAAAAAAAAAACAAAAAAAAAACCACGAAGCACAA